AUGGCAGAAACAUACCACGGCUUCAUCGACACCGCCCACGACGCCCUGCUUAUAUUUGAGGCAUGCAACAAUGGGUUUCUUUCUCGCGUGCAACGCCGGUUUAGCGACCGUGAGCGCCAAAACAUCCGCUCCGGAGCAGUGUAUGUCUGGGAUGAGGAAGAAACAGGCAUGCGGAGAUGGACCGACGGACGCACAUGGUCGCCAUCCCGGGUCCACGGCUGCUUCCUGAUAUACUACGAGAUAGAGGGACGCCGGCACCAAUUUAUUAACAAAAACACUACUAACAACGGAAGCAGCUCGCGCAACUCGCCUCGCAGCGGCCAGAUAGAGUCGUCACCUUUUCAGUCCUACGACCUUUGCCCGCCCAACAUCAUGCAAAAGAAGCAAGGCCUGAUUAAAAAGGCGCUGUCGCUGUGCACAAACGACAAACGCAGAUUGCACCUUGUUUGCUAUUAUUCGCGCGAGGAUUUGAAGGCCGGCUGCCUAGGAUCGCCGACGAAUGAUUCGCGCUUUGCCGGGAUCCAGGUCUUUGAGGAUCGCUAUCCCGAAAUU